CUUGUGUGUGAUCAUCAGGCGGAGGAAAUCCACAGCUCGAAGCAAAGCACGCCUAAACUUCCCCCUUCACUUUGUCUGAGGUGCUGAGUUUGAAUUCGGACGCUUGGGAUGAUGCACUUGCAUUCAGACGCUGCUGUUGCUCCUCCUCGACAGGCUGUUCGAUUCAAGAGUGUAAAAGGACUCAACCGGAAACAAAACUUUUUUCUUCGUACUUUUUUUCUCUCUGAGGCAAAAGAGGAAAAAGAGACGACCCUUGGUGUCAUAAACUGCAUGGUUCCUUAUUUUCUUCACUUACGGGUGCUGUUGGAAAUGUGUCAGCUGCAGACCAACAGGGGAAAAGUAAACGCUUUCUGGAGAGGAUAAGUCCGACGUCGAGUGAGUUUUUUGGCCAGUCGACACUCACAUAACGGAUUCUGGUCCCUGAUCAUGGAAGAUGGUGUGAAAGAGGACCCAGCCCAGUGUAAAGAGCCAAAGUUCCUGGGUAAGGCUGGCUGGGUGAAGAAGGCCCCUGGCAGACUGUUGGCGAGCUAUAAGGACCGCUACAUCCAUGUGGAGAAGACAGAGAUUGUGGUGUAUGAAAAUGAGGACCUGCAGAACUGCUUGGAGAGGCUUGACCUAGAAAACUAUGAUAAAUGUCAUGACUUAAAGAGCCCCUUCAAGAAGAAGCACAGACUGAUACUGAUUCGAUCGCCCAAGUCUGGAAAUAAGGUCCAUGAUGUGAAGCUUCAAGCUCCGACGGUGGAGGAGAAGGAGGCUUGGAUUAAAGCAUUGAGUGAUGGCAUCAAUCGAGCAAAGAACAAAAUCUUUGAUGAGGUGAAGGUUGAUGAAAGCAGCAACUUGGAGCAUGUUACUCGAACAAGGCCUAAAGCGAACCGUAACCGGCGGCCACCGACCAGGAUACACAUGAAAGAGGUAGCCGUUGUGUCGUCUGAUGGUAUCCUUCGUUUGGAUCUUGACCUUGAGGAUGCUGUAAUGCCUAAUGGGACCAAUCAUGCCAGUGUUGAUGGCACUGAGACCCCCAAAGAGGCCGUCAAAGUCCCAAAGCCACCGUCCAAUGCCAGCGAAGCUACAGAGAAACAAUCAAGUGUUGAGUGGGAGGCUCAGGCUGAGCCAGAGGUCAGUCCCCAGAAAAAGGUCAUCAAACCUCCCAUGCCCCCUACUAAAGAGGCUAAACCCAGUUCAACACCUGAAGAUGAACCUGAUAAUGAUGAUGGCACAGAGAAAAAGGUCGUGAAGCCACCUAUGCCUCCAUCUAAAGAAGCCAAACCCUGUGUUUCACCUGGUGAAGAAGCUACAGAGGAGGCCAAAGCUGAGAUGUCUCAAAAGAGUCCUGAUACCAGUAAAAAGACAGUUCCACCACCUACCCCUCCUAACAAACCCAGCUCCAGCAGCUCAGUGAGCAACCUUGUAGAUGCCUCACAGUCCAGGCCAAACUCUUACCCUCCUACCCCUCCAUGCAAAGAGAAGAAACCCGGCCAGCCUGUUGUGGAGACGGACCCAGAGGUUCAAGGCACAACUGAUGAGAAUAAGGAGAAGGGUGAAAACAAUAAGAAGGAGGUGACAGGAACAGCUGUGGAAACAGAGGAGGCAGACCAGUCGAUAUCUGAAGAAGCUGUACCUAGUGUCAGAGAAUCUGAGGGUCCCAGCGCAGAAGGACAAGCUGUUCAGUCCGACACUCAACACACAGAAGAUAACACCAAUAUAACGCAGCCAAACAAGAGACAGCACCCUGCUGCGUUGUUGCAUACAGGCACAGAUACCUCAGCAAGUUCUCAAGCAGAAGAGGCACUAUCCAAGAGUGAAGUCCCCACAGUAGUUGUCUCUUUGAAUGACCCGGCCACUGACAGCCUCAGCCUCAGUCCACUGCUCUGUCACUUGCCCGGGGAGAAAAAAAAAAAGGCAGAGGAGAAAUCUGUCGACAGCGGUCAGCACUCAGACGAUGACAGCGAAGGCUCUGUCACUGAAGACGCACUGGCGGCUUCCACAGCUGCGCUGAGAGGAAGCAACACUGCUCUGGAAGCGUUGGACACCAGCGAGGAUGACAUUCAGGUCUCUGUUCCUUUAAGGCCGACACCCGCUGCAACCAAGCCUCAGGUUAGAUCAAAGGUCUUUGCCGGUCAGUGUUCAGGGCCCACUCCUCCUCUCAAACCCACAACCAAGGUCAGGUCAUCCUCCAUUGGAGAUCUGCUGUCUGACUCUUCAGUCUGUAUUCACGUGAGUAAGCAUACCAGAGCUGUGACUGGAAGGGACAGUGCUCCUAGCGAUGAUGUCAUGAAACUUGAAGCUGAAGUGGCUCUGGAGAUGGAAAAGACAAGUGAGCUCCUGAGCAGAGUGUCCCAGGCCCAGAGGGGAAGUGACAGGGAGGGCAUGCCAGAGGAUCUGCUGGCCAAGGCUAUGGAGAAGCUGAAGAAGGCAGAUCAUGUCCUCAGGGAGAUAAAGAAACUUAAACUUGCAAAGAACUCGAGCAACAGGAAGAGCUGGUGAAUGUCACUCAUAGCAGAUUGACUUGGAAUGACCAGUCGCUAAACCUCUCUCCUGAACAGUGAUUGUCCAGUCAUAGCUUAGCAACAGCUGACCUGUCAAGAUUUGGUAUUUCUCCACAUAUAGUACAGUUUGCAUGAGGCUGAAGUAAAUGUGACAUUCGGUAUACAAAGAGUUUGUAAACCACAUACAUAUAUUGGCGUCUUUUUUUGUUGUUACCAAAACCAGAAAUCCAGAAAGAGCACACACGUGUAAGCAAAGGAUCAAGCUGUGUGUUUUCUGCUCUUACGUAUGUUCCACUUGUUAGCCCCAGCUAACUAGCGUACUACCUGCAGUAGUUUGUACCACAGUAGCUUGUAUGGUUAGAGGCUACAAAGAACCAUUCACCACUAGCACAUCCAGCAUGUAAUAUUUCCAAACUGUGUCCUGGAUGCUAUCAGAGUUUAGGCUAACGUUAGCGGCUCUGUCCUGCUCUUCAUUGGAAAUGGUAAAGUUUACACUCCAGCAACCCCCACCAACGUUACCCAGAGACAGUGUUCUGUUUGCCAAAUACAUCCUUUAAGCUUAAAGAUUCUUACAGCUUAAUCCGAGAGAGUGUUUUCGAUGAAAUCAUGGACCUAAAAUUAGCCUGUUAAGCUAAUAAAUUGUUGACAAUUCAGAGGGUAAAUUGACAGUAUACGGCUAAAAAUAAGAAGCUACUUUUGUCUUCCUCUGUCUGAAAGCAAAACCCCACUGGUUCAAAAAUGACUAAGAAUUCCAAAUGAUAAAAUCAAUACAGGUAUCACUGCAAACUGCGUAAGUGCUGAGUGAGAAUAGGAAGUCUGACAGGCGCUGAAACGUUAGGUAAGGGAGUCAGGUUUUAGCAAACGGUCAAUUAUUGGACUUUUGGCAAAAUGACAGAAGUCUCAAAUUUUGGAGUUAGUUGUGCAGCACAUGCAGCUGGUCACUUAUAAUUAACAAGUGCAAUUAUUUCUAGUUUAACUUUCUCUGCAGCUGAAAGUAAUGCUUAAUGUUCUAAUGUGCAUUGUUUAUUUUUUUGUUAUAUAUGAAAUAUUGGACAUUUUCAAGACUAAUUACUUGAAAGUGACUUUCAGAAUUAAUAAUAUAAUGACAAAGCAGUACUGUCAAUAUAAAGAACAUACACAAAACUAACAAGUGUUAAUACCAAAUUACACAGUUGUUUUAAUAGUUUAUUUUGUGGAUUUAAGAGGUUUUUGCUCCUAUUUUCAUAUUUUCGAUAACAUAUUCUUCUAGCAGUUUACAUGAGGGACAUACUUUAUUAUUAUUUUACUACAGCAUAUGGUGUUUAUUGUUGAAGAGGAAAGAUGCACCAACAUAGCUCAGGAGUUUUCUGAAAUUAAUGUUUUCAGACUAAUUAUGUGAUUAAAGUGAAAUGAACAACUGCUUCUCUACAUAGACUGAUUACAGUUUUGUUAUUAAUAAUUAGUUUUUCAUACUGAUAUUGUACAUAGCACAGAACAAAGAGCGUGUAGCAGCCCUUUUGGCUAUCCCUAACCUCUGUUACAAUUCAAUUUUACAUUAUUUUUUUAGAGGGAUAUGUGUUUGUCUGUUUCUCACAAUCUGAAUCAUGAAUUUCCCCUAUUCUUUGUGCAAUGCUUUGUUAAAAUAUGUGAUGGUAGUUUUUAAGACAAUUUCAAAUAUGCCAUGCCAUUUAGAGUAUGUAAGUAUAUUUUUAACAUUAGAUAUACUUUUGUGCUCUUUGGUAAGAUUUGCUAUUGCCCAAAUAAACAAAGGGAAAUGA